CAGGCUGUACAGCAGGACCAUGAAGAAUGCGCGUCGAUUUUACUUAACCUUGGCGCUGAUCCACACGCCAUGAAUGUGUGUGGAAAAAAUGCACUCCACUAUGCCGUGCUUGGGGGGAACAUCUGAAUGGCUGAAAAACUGCUGGCCUGCGGUGCUGAUAUUGAAGCCAGAACAAAGCGUGGAUUCACACCAUAUUUGCUCUGUCUUCUCGAAAAGAAAGAGGAGAUGGCAGAAUUCUUGAAAGCAAAGGGUGCAGAUGUGCAUGCUGAGGUUGAAUGGAAAAGUGAGACAACAGGUUUAAAGUCGAUCCUUAAGUCUGCACAGAUUGGCACAGAUGACAGUUCACCAGAGAAUGCUUCUCCUCA